AAUUGAUAUCGAUAGAGCGAUACAUAGAGAUACCGAAAUGAAAUUUCUUAUAGUGCUUGCCCUUUGUGUGGUUGCUGCUACGGCGACGGAAAACAACGAUCCUAUUUCCCAGGAAUCCAAUGUGGAAUACAAUGGCAAAUACCAUUAUCAUUAUGAGCUGAAAGAUGGCUCCAAGGCCACUCAGGAUGGUGUUCUGAAGUCUGUGAAUGCCGAACACAAUGGCGAAGCGGUCAAUGGAAAGUACUCUUUCGUCGGCGACGAUGGCCAGACCUAUGUGGUGUCCUAUACGGCCGACGAAAAUGGAUACCGCCCGGUGGGUGACCACCUGCCCACGCCACCACCCACUCCGGAGUCCGUCCUGAAGGCCCUGGAAUACAUCCGGCUGCAUCCCUACACAAUUCCCGAGAAGAAGCACUAA